CAUGAAGGAAGAGCCGCUGACGGCCGGGCUGCCCUCCGUCAGGUGGCUGCAGGGCACCGGCAUCCUGGACGCCAGCACGGCGGCACAGAGCGGGGUAGGCCUGGCCAGAGCUCACUUCGAGAAGCAGCCGCCCUCCAACCUGAGGAAAUCCAACUUCUUCCACUUCGUGCUGGCCAUGUACGACCGGCAGGGGCAGCCCGUGGAGAUCGAGCGCACCUCCUUCGUGGACUUCGUAGAGAAGGAGCGGGAGCAGAACGGCGAGAAAACCAACAACGGGAUCCACUACCGCCUGCAGCUGCUCUACAGCAACG